CCCUUUAAAUCGCGCAUGCGCAGAGGGUGGAGCCUGCGGAAGUCCUGACGGAAAGGUCUUUUUGUUUGGGCCGCUGAGAGAGAGUCGACACUUUGGCUUGAUUCCCCUGGUUAAUAACCGUUUUAUAUCUGCAUAACAUUCGGGUGUCUUUUAUGAGUAAUCAAAAGCAGCAAAAGCCGACGCUAACUGGCCAGCGGUUUAAGACGAGGAAAAGAGAUGAAAAGGAGAGAUUUGACCCUACUCAGUUUCAAGAAAGUAUCGUACAAGGCUUGAAUCAAACUGGCUCUGAUUUGGAAGCGGUCGCGAAAUUCCUUGAUGCCUCUGGCGCCAAGCUUGACUACCGUCGCUAUGCAGAGACUCUCUUUGACAUCCUGGUGGCUGGCGGGAUGCUGGCCCCGGGCGGGACUCUAUCCGACGACCUGACCCGCACGGAGUUCUGCCUCUUCACGGCACAAGAAGACCUGGAAACAAUGCAAGCAUACGCUCAGGUUUUUAACAAGCUGAUUAGGCGUUACAAGUACCUGGAGAAGGGUUUCGAAGAGGAGAUCAAGAAGUUGCUGCUGUUUCUUAAAGGGUUCACUGAGUCGGAGCGCAACAAACUGGCCAUGCUGACGGGCAUCCUGCUGGCCAACGGCAACAUAUCAGCCUCCAUCCUUAACAGCCUCUACAACGAGAACCUCGUCAAAGAGGGAGUGUCUGCAGCCUUCGCUGUCAAGCUGUUCAAGUCAUGGAUCAAUGAGAAGGACAUCAACUCUGUUGCUGGCAGUCUCCGCAAAGUCGGCAUGGACAACAGGCUCAUGGAACUCUUUCCUGCCAACAAACGGAGCUGCGAGCAUUUUUCUAAGUACUUCACCGACGCCGGGCUUAAGGAGUUGUCCGACUUCGCCCGCAACCAGCAAUCCAUCGGCGCCCGCAAGGAGCUGCAGAAGGAGCUGCAGGAGCAGAUGGCCCGCGGCGACCCUCAGAAGGAGAUUAUCGCCUUCACCAAAGAGGAGAUGAAGAAGUCCAACCUGUCGGAGCAGGCCAUGAUCAACAUCAUCUGGACCAGCGUGAUGAGCUGCGUGGAGUGGAACAAGAAGGAAGAGCUGGUGACCGAACAAGCCAUCAAACACUUGAAGCAAUACAGCCUCCUGCUGAAAGCCUUCACCUCCCAGGGUCUGUCCGAGCUCAGCCUGCUGCUGAAGAUCCAGGAGUACUGCUACGACAACAUCCACUUCAUGAAGGCCUUCCAGAAGAUCGUGGUGCUCCUCUACAAAGCGGAUGUUCUGAGUGAAGAGGCCAUACUGAAGUGGUACACCGACGCCCACGUUGCCAAGGGGAAGAGCGUGUUCCUCGAGCAGAUGAAAAAAUUUGUGGAGUGGCUGAAGAAUGCAGAGGAAGAAUCGGAGUCGGAGGAAGAAGAGACUGACUAAGACCUCAGAACGCCAGAUGAGCUCUUUUCUGCCCUAUUAAUUUUUGUUUUUUAUAAGUAGCAGCAGGAGCAGUAGAUUGUUUUCUUUCUUUUUUUUCCUUCUCCCUUUAUUC